GUGAGGCGGAGACAAUCAGUAAAGUCUGCUUGACGUCACCUAGCAUUGAGUCACAAAUGUCUUUGCGGGCAAUUGUAAUGAUGGGCGGGGCCUUUGCGCUUGAGUCUAGUGGGUAAUUGGGCCAGAACCAGUGACGUAACGGCACAGAACAUAAACAACAAAAAAGCCCAGAGAGGCGGAUAUGGUAAAUGACAGGUGAUGGCAUUGCGCAGGCGCAGUUGGCAGCGCGAUGAGAACAGACAGGGGCAACGUUUAAGAAGUACUUGGCAUUUGGCCGUGGUCAGCCCCUGUCCUCAGUGUGGUGCUGGGCGCUAGGUGGCACCUGUUUCCCCUCAUCCAACUCCUCAGUAACUGGUUGAUGUCAAUGGCGGUAUCUUGGUGACAGGCAGGGAAUGCAGAAGAUGGCGCAAAGAGUGGGGGAGGAGGAGCAGGGAGCCUCUGGGCUGAGGAGAAGCGGCGCGCAGUGUGUAGAGGCCCGAGAAAGAGACGAGCGGGUCCGAGACUUACAGGAGAUGUUACAGCAGAGCCUGAGCAGCUACGAGCCGGUACUUAGUUACGUGCAGGCCGUACUCGUGUGGGAGAAACCCCGGCACAGUGCGCUGCUCCACCUGGGCCUCAAUGCAGCUUUCUGGUUUUUUGCUUUGACCUCACUCAGAAUCCUAUUUUUGGUAGCAUUUGGGCUAAUGAUAGUCAUUUGUGCAGACCAGUGGAAGAACAAGUUAUGGCCUGAACUAGGAGCUGCGAAAGCCAACGAACUGGACAAUGACAGCUGGGGCUUCGUGCAUCCAAGGCUACUCAGUGUCCCAGAGCUAUGCUAUCAUGCAGCUGAUACAUGGGUCAGUGUGAACAACUUUUUGAGGAACCUUCUGCUCUUCAAAACUGAAAACCCGGGCAAGUUCUGCCUUUUGGUCUGCAGCUUCCUGACAUUCCUAGCUGUUCUUGGUGGAUACAUUCCUGGUGUUGUUCUGUCAUAUUUGCUUUUACUUUUUCUUCUGCUUUGGCCUCUUGCCAUAUAUCACCAGCUGGGGCGGCGUAUAUACCAGAAGCUUGAACCAGCACUGCAGCGGUUGGACUUCAGUGUGCGUGGUUAUAUGAUGUCCAAGUACAAGGAAAGGCAACAGCAUAAUCGUGCCCUUCCUCCAACUGAUGGUAGUGAUAGUGAAGAAGAGCUUGCUGCGUUUUGCCCUUCGCUGGAUGAUUCAGCAGUAGCUAAAGAACUGACCAUUUCCGACUCCGAGCAUUCUGAUGCAGAAGUUUCCUACACUGAAAAUGGAACGUUCAACUUAUCAAGGGGCCAAACGCCUCUUACAGAAGGUUCCGAAGAUUUGGACCGCCACAGCGAUCCAGAGGAGUCAUUCGCUCGUGAUCUCCCUGAUUUUCCUUCGAUAAACCCAGAGGCAAUGGGAAUAGAAGAUGAUGAUGAAACUAGCAUUGGAUUACCAAGCACAGCUCUUCACCCACGUCGCUCCUCUCGCCAACUGUAUGACGAGCAAGAGUCGCUGGAUGCAGAGCCAUCACUGGGUGGCUUCCCAAGCACACAGAACAUCACAGAAAACAUUGCUGGACUUGUGACCAGGGGCAUGAUACAGCUGGCACUGGCAGGAGCUAGCCAGCAAACCCACACUUAUGCUGAAAAUCCAAGAGCCAAACCGUAUCAGAGAAACUCCAGUUCUGAGCUGGACACUGAUGCAGAAGCUGAUGACUUUGAACUACUUGACCAGUCUGAGUUGAGCCAAAUGGACCCAUCAGGUUCACAAGCCCAUCAGUAACGCAAACCAUCAUGAUGGGAUACAGACUGGAAGUUCUUCCUAACUACCCUGAAAGCAGUGUAGUAUUAUUAUUAUUAUUAUUAAUAUUGGUGGAUUUGGAGUUUUGGUUUUUUUUGCCCUUCAGAAAUCUUUAUUUUAUGCCACCUCGUUGGACCCAGGCGUGUGGACUUCAUUUCUGAUUGCAGACAGAUAUACUGUCUGCUGUUUUAUCACUGUGAAGUCUGUACGCAUAGUGAACCUAGAAUAAAUAAAUACACACUAUUUUAAAGGUGAUUUCUACAGGAUUAGGAGAUCCAUGCAUUAGGUAGAUGUGUAAUUAUUCUUUGGAUUCAUAAACAAGUAGUGUUUUUUUUUUUUUUUUAAUUAAUUGUGUUGGCCAUUCAAAUGUUUUUAUAGACAAAAUGUUCAGUGUUUGUUAUCCUUAUAGUAUAAUGGAGAGGAAUGUGAUAUCUGGUUCCUAUGGAUUUGCACUGAUAAAAAAAUCUUGCUUUAGCACUUAAAAGACCAGCAAUGAGAACAAAUGAGCAUUAUCCAUUUCAAUACAAAUACCAUUUGCUUCUGUUCUGGACACAUUAUUUCUCUGAAGCAAUGUAUUUAAUAUCAGGUCUGCUUAGUUCAGAUAUCUUUUUCUGUUGCCAGCCCAUGGUCUCAUAUAUGCAAUAAGCUGAUGGCAUAUGGGGCAUAUUUUUUUACCAGUGUACUUCAGCCAGUGGAAACUGCCCCUGCAGCCUUUCAUUCACUUGAAUAGGAAACAUCUGAAUGCACUGGUAUUAAGUCUUUGAAUGGAAACACCAGUACUGGUGCUGUUGUGCAUUUACGUUUAACUGAAAACAUUAUGUAAAGUUGUGUUAUUUUUGGAAACAGAGUUAUUGGCAAUUUCUGAGCUUAAAUGGGGGAACUUAAUUCCUGAUACACCUCUUGUUUCCCUUCAGGCAAACUGCAGCAGCCUCUCUUGCUUUAUGGCAGAGUUUUUAGAUAUACACUCUGAAUCAGAGUCUGUGUCUUAUGGGACAAAACCGGAUUGAAUUCCUGAAUAAUGUUUACUUCUCUGCUGCUUUGAAUACCAGUAGCUGAGGGGAAAGGAGAUAAGGAAACUUAGUUGAAGGUAUGCAAGAUGCCUUCUAAUUAUUAAUCAUAUACAUACAUACAUACGAUACAUACAUACAUACAUACAUACAUACAUACAUGAAAUCUAAACCUCUAAUGUAACAGAAAACAAGAGACCAUUUAAAAGGCAACGGUGCACAGGGUGUAGUGUUGUUGAGUGUGUUCCAUUGCCCAAAACUUGUGGUAUUAUGCACGGGUAAUUUUGUAAUGACAGUAUUCUUUGUGUAUAGAAGGCGGCGGUUACUGUCUUGGGCCCUUUUCUACUGGCUGAAAUAUACAAGUGGAGGAAAGUGUCUCGUGGGUAGGUGGAAAAAGUCCAUUAGUUGAGGACCACAUGAGGAUUUAGGUUUCGUCCUGUUCUGAAGGUCUGACCCCAUAUUUGAUUGGACCGUUGGCCUGGAGUCAUUACAAUGAUUGGCCCCCACUUUUGGCUGAAUGUUUUUUUUAAUUUAUUUUAAUAUUCCUCCAAAUGUCCUUCAAAAUAAGAUUUAUAUUAACCAAGGUGGGGCCAAGCCGACUGGGUGCCCUAGGCAACCCGGACAGCAACCUGGCCAGCCACCGGGGGAGCGAGCAGAGUUGCGGAGAACUAGUGGCAACAAGAAGUCCCGGACUAUAGGUAGGCAGAAGGCUUUUCAUAAGGAACCUGCCCUGAACCCCCCUAGUCAUUGAGCCCUAGGCAGGUGCUUCUUCUGCUUAUCCCUAAUUCUGGCCCUGAUGUUAACAUCAUACUUUCUAGAAAACCCACAUUCUAAAAAGUACACGUUGCAUGAGCAUUAUGUUUAAAUGCAUUUGCGUCAUUUCAAUUUUCUGAUGUUGUUUUUUUUUUGCGCACUUAAAGCUAUAGCGCAUGUUUCCAAAUGUGUGCAAUGAUCCAGCCUGUAUCUGGCAUUUUAACAUUACAUUUCCAUGGAACUAGGUAGGGUGAAACGUUGCUCUUCCAAAAGGUUGUUGAUGGAUUCAAAAAAUCUAACUUCUAGAAGGUGUAAUAGUGUUGUGCACACUGUGGCUUUAGAUUUGUUUUGGUAAUAAGGCUGAGCUUUGUUUUAGGUCUUUGUGAAACCUUUCUUAAUAGAGGUCGAGUCUGGCUCCGCCAGUCUCUCAAGGUUAAUGCACUUUUAAUCCUGAAUAUACUUUUGAUUAUCGUU